AUGGAAACGAGGCCCAGCAACGGUCUUAGCAGCCGAAAGGAGUCGUGUGAAACUCACCCGCAGGGAUUACUGGUGUUCACCGGCUCUUCAGAUCGCGAUGCCAACUUGGCCAAGCAGUUCUGGAUCGGGGCAUCAAUGUAUCCCCCUAACGAAUCUCAGCUGGUACUGUCCAGAGGUAGCAGUCAGCGUCUGCGGGUGGCGCGGCCCUCGAGGGGCAGUGUGCUUGAGAGAAGAGAUGUCACUGCUGAAACCCUAAAGAUUCAGGAAUCUGAGGAGAAAAAAAAGUAUCUCCAAAAGGCUAAAAAGAGAGAUGAGAUUAUCCAACUCUUAAGAAAACAAAGAGAAGAAAGGAUCUCGAAAGAACUGGUUUCCCUUCCUUAUAAACCAAAAGCCAAAGUACACAAAGCAAAGAAAGUGAUUUCAGAGUCAGAUAAAGAAGACCAGGAAGAAGUCAAAGCCUUGGACUAAUUUGAUUGACACAUGGGAGAGGAUGGCUCACUUAGAUCUUCACUUUUGAAACAACCUGCUCUUACAUCAGGAUCAUUGGAAUCAGUUAAAUUAGACAAAGAAAUAAAAGUUAAAUAUGUAGCACUUCUAGGAAUUUUACCAG